GCGCUGUGCACGUCGCUGCGCUGGAGCCUAGGGGAGAGACGAGACGGUCACAGGCAAGAGGCUCCGAUCAAAAGAGGGCUUAAUAAAGUUUGGGACUGAAUGACGACUGUGACAGAGGUGGGAGGAUUUUAAGCGUGUAACACCAGCAAGUGAUGACCUUCCUCUCUCCCCUAGUUCUCUCAUGCACGCACUCAGACACUGUCCCUUCAUUACAAAUGUGCCUCUUUUAGAUGUCGCAUCAGCAAAACCAAGUUCUCUUUACCAAAGUGUGUUAAAUACAUGUAUAAUAAACUAAGAAUUCUAGGAGAGAGACACAAAUAGCUAGUAGGCAAAUAACACCUCCUGAUUUGACACCAGCAUUUUAACAUUGCAAAAAGUGUCCCAAUUCCAAAAACGGCUAAACGCAACCGUUGGUUAUUUUGCACACGCCAUGGCCACGGUCACCAAAUCCUCUAACCCUGAGAUCCCAGAUAAUCAUAAGGAGAGCUGGCUGGCACUGCUUGCUGCAGCUGAGGUUUAUAGUCAAAAGUCUGGAUGUGAUUUGGCUAUUCUGACCGCGUACAAGAAGUUCAGAUACACUGGGGCUGAAGGUGAAGGAGUGAGGAAUCACGAAGGAGGCGGAAUUGUGUCACCCGCAAGCAGGAAGUGCGAUUAUGCAUAUCACGUUUGGGGUCAAGGGGCACUGGCUGAGUCUUCACGGAGGUACAUGGAUGACAUCGCAGUGCUGCACUCCACCACUGUACUGACGGCACAGAGACAUGCACGUUUGAAUACAGAAGAGGGAGGAGCCAAACUGGGUGUGGACGUGCCCUCUGGAAGGCUGAGCCUGACUGGUGAUGGAGUCGGCAGUGUUAGUCCCAAUACAAGAAUUUAUUCCCAGAGCUACCCGUCAAUCUACAGCUCAGCUGCUGCCAUUGGUCAGCCUGUAGGGCUUCAUGGGAAUGGAGAGCAUGAAAGAGCGAUGGAGGAAUGUGAGAAGGCAAGAGACAGAACAGACAUUGUGGACUUGGAGGAAGAGGAUGAGGAAGAAGAGGAUGAAAAUGUGGAUGAAAGGAGGCAUAAUUUAAAUGAAUCGGCUGGGGUCUUCUCCAUGGAUGAGGAUUCUCUGUCCCGGGACUGCGAGCCGUUCUUUGAGUCUGAUGGAGAGGAGGAGAGCACUGAUGGGUCACUGAGUGAAGAAGCCCCUCCCCCUCCACGUGGCUUGGCAAUGGGUCACUUGGCAUCUCGUUCUUCAAACCCCAUGGCAUUGGCACGUUCCCUGCCUGUGUCUGUACCAGUGUGGGGCUACCGGAGCAACCGUGCCCCGCAGGGUGACCCCCACAGUGGAGAACGGGUGGGCUGUGCAGAUUUAGACCACAUAGCGGCCAGUAUGAAAGCUCUGCUGGUCCCGGGGGCCACCGAUGGAACAGAGAUGUUUGGAGCACUGCCGCGACCUCGUCUUAAUACGGGAGACUUUUCUCUCAAGCACUGAGAGAAGACAACUGUGUGUAUGUAGGAUUGAGUGUGUGUCUGCAUGAGAAUGAGUGGGGGGUGGGUGGGUAUUCCAGCCAUAAGCUUGUUUGUAUGUGAAAGCGAAUUGAGUGGAAGUCUAUAAGUUUAUAAGACACAGUGAAACAUGGUUUGAUGGAUAUUUUUAGCAAAAGACGUUGCCAAAACCUAAAACUUCUCUUGACUGUCAUAACUAUUUGUAUUGCAUAGAAAAUGACAGAACCUUUUAAUAGCAAACGUUUAUUUUUGCAGCAGGACGAGUGAGCGAAAUUGAAAGAAGUCAAGAAUUUACUGAUGGGUUUAGACCAAACAGUUGUGGCAGACUUUAGUUGUGUAGUGCAUUUUAUUUUGAGAAACACUAACUGAGCGAAUGAACAUCACUGCAUGCCUAAUCACUCCCAGUAAUUGUCCUCUGCAGUGUGGAAUUUACUGAUCGUAUGCGAGUUUAUUUACACACUGAAACACUUCUAUCAACAGAGGUGCAUUGUACAUUGGCACACAGCAUGUACUUGAGAUAUAGACUACUGAAUUCAGGUGAGUUCAGUAGUAUAUAUUCCCUGGCAGGACCGCCAAAGCUGACUAGAUGUAAAUGCUUACAAAUGAUGUCACUCUUUCCCUGUGUGCACUCACCUUUAUUUCAAAUACUCUCCUGAAGAUUUUCAUAAUCAAUGCUUUGUAAGAAAGGACAGUGAGAGGAUGGAUUUUUUUCAGGUUUAGUUUAGUUCUGAAGGUUCUGACAACUUUAAGUUUUGAGAUCAUAAAUGUUUUGAAUUUUCGACUGUAAAACUAAGGGAUAGUUCUCCCAAUAAAAUAAAUUUCUGUCACUUUCAUGUUGUUUCAAAUCUGUAUGACUAUACAGGAACCCAAAAAAUGCUUCUACAAACAUUGACCCAUUUUUCCGUUUAAUGAAAGUAAAGAAAGACUCUCAAUUUGUAUUCCAAAGAAGAAUAAGUUGUACGGAUUUAAAACGGCAUGAUAGUUAUUUUAAUUUUAGGUGAACUGUCUCUGUAAGUGCAUCUUUGCAUUUUAAUGUGCUUGACGUGCAAGGACGCACGAUGUUGUGUUGUUGAUCAGUGUCAUAAUUUCUCUGAAACAGACCGAUGUGUAAACGUGAGGGUUUACAACACUACAAAAGCGAACUAUAUGUCCAUCUCAAACAUUUCACAGCUGUUUGAUGUUUAAGUAAAUGCGUUUUGAAUAAAAC